AUGAACCCGAACCAUCAUCAUCAUCAGCCUUUCCAUGGUGAUGAAAAUCUAAACAAUAAAAACAACACGACUAAUCCCGAAGAAGAAGAACAUAAUAUUCCCUACAACCCAAAUCACUGUAUUACAGAAAAGAUCUUACCUAUUCACGAAAUUGAUCAUCAUCAUCAACAACAACAAGGUUCAUCCAUUCCAUUCUCUUCACCCUACGAUAGAAUUUUGCACUAUCUAUCGGAGGAUAGGAUCAAAGCCUAUGAGGAUCAUGAAGGCUUUCGACAUUUUUGUGUGGAUCAAAAGUAUGAAUCAUCAAAUUCUCGUUGGUUGGAAGCUGCGGAUUAUGCAACAUGUAGGGCUCUUUGUGAAAGGUUUUAUGUGUUGCACUUGUUGCAAUCGGUCACCCAGAAGGUGGCUCUCUUGGCCAUCGCAUGCAUGUUGAAUCGAUAUGAGGAUGACAAUGAAGAGGAAAACAAGACAAGUGGUGGCCACUUUCAUGUUUCGGAUAAGGAUAGAGAGGAGUUGCAACAAUGGGAUAUGAUUGAUCUGAUUCAUUUUGUCAACAGGUAUUACAAAAAAGAUUAUGAGCAGUUUAAAGAGACUUUUCAUUACGAGGAAAGUAUUGGAGAGCCAAAGACAAAAAAGAACAAAAGCAACGAGAAAAUAGAUUGUGACACAAGUGGAAAUAGUCGAAUUGGAAAGAUCAAGUUUGACUCGAACAAAUUCAAAAAUUUCUAUUCUUCUUUACUUGUCAUGAAGGAACUGAUUGAAAAAGAGCAAACAUCACACGAUGACUUGGUGACUUCCAUUGAAAAUGUGUAUAAGCAGCAUAUCUUCUCUUGUAUCAGAUAUUUCAAUAGCAGUUAUGGAAAGAAUCCAAUGCUUGAGAGAUUUUACUAUCAUAUUUUGGAGCUCUACAGACAGACAGAACACAAAUUAAGCUGUAUCAAAUUUGCAAAAUUUGGAAUGUUUUAUGCUCGUAGGCAUGUUCAAUUACUGACUCGAAUGCGUGACGUUUUGCUACAUCAAUCACCAUUGAAAAAUGAUUUUGAAAUUAUUGAAAAAUUUCUUAUCAAACAUAUCAAACACUGCAAAGCACAUGAGAAAUGUCUUGAAGGAAUUUUGCUCUUUUUCUAUGAUUGUACCGAUAUCGACUUGAUGACGAGAAUAUUUGUUGAGUCUUCAGAAAUUGAUGACACCUUUGGCUACUCACACUGUAAUUUGGGCUACUUGAAGGGUUUCAACGCAUUUGGGAGUGCUGCCUUAACAGCAGAAGGUAUUGAGCAUUUUCAUCAGUCUUUGAGACGUGCUUCGAUCUCUGAUCUUAAAUUAAUGACAGCCAACAGUUACAAAACACUUGGUAUUUUGAAUAUCAUUAUUGGAAAUAUUCCAGAGUCCAUCCAGUGUCACUCCAAGGCAUUACAAAUAUACCCAAAUUAUUACGACAUUAUCAAGGAUCGAUGUGAGAUGUCUAGCAUGACGAAUGACUUACCUUCAGCUCUUCGUGACCUUCAGAAAUGUCUUGAAAUUGGACCUCAACGUAAAAAGGACCUCAGCGAUCUCUACAAUAUGUUUGCCAUAUUUCAACAAAAGCUUGGAACUUCUUUGGAUGAUUUAAAGUUGGUAUUGGAGAAUGCAUUGAGAUUAGAUCCUUCAAAUUCCUAUGCCUUUUUAACUCUUUCAACUUUUGCUAUUGAGCAGCAAGAUUUAGAUGAAUAUUUGGACCUGCGUUUGGUGUUUCGUCCAACAUCCUAUCAAGGAAUUUGUGACUUGCUGAAUCAGGACGUGGCCGCCUUUGCCGUGUUUGAUCCCAUUCACAAUACACAAUUAGAGGAGGAGUAUAGAACUAAGAGAAAGCAUUUUACAUCAAGCUAUUUAAGAAUUAGUUGA